CUCAGCUCUCUCCAGUAGUGCAGUCAUUCCAGUGUCAUUGCAGCCAAAUCAGAUAACGAGGCAAACCAUGACAAGGCGAAGCACAAUCGAAAGCAGCCACACUAGGCCAGGGAAUCUGACCUAAUCUAAUAUUGGCGACGAUAUCAGUACAUUUGGGCUCAGAGAUAGAGCAUGACGAGUCCCCAUUCAGAGUCGUAUCGUCCAAUAUUCCCCAGAUCAUCUGGUCCGGGUCGCGACUCACCUGCUCAAGCCUCAACCACCAAGAAAAAAAUGACAUGAGAGAUCCGGCAGGAAGACAAUGCCCCCUCCGAUCCGAUCGAUCCCUCUGCCAUCCUUGGCCGAAAUGCCGUGGAAUGGAUUCUUUUUCUCUUGCUCCUAAUUAACUUCCUAGUCUCACUAGAAUGUCCCGUUUUGUUCUCCCGGUCCCGCGAGAUACAAUGCGCAAUUGGCCAACCUCGUCUCUUGUGAAGUCAGGAUUAUGCUCGUACCCUCAGACGAAUUCUCAGCCACAUCCCUGGAAUACGGAAAGCCACCCAUCGCCUAUAUUUCGGACGCAUCGACCGACAGACCAAAGUCAAUUCUGACAUCGGGAGAAACCAAAAAGAGGCAUACGGAUAGAGGGGCAACGCCGCAACAGACACGACCAGAACAAAGGAGCAGGGGAUCAAAAAGUCGGUGGCUGGGAAAACAACAUCCGGGAACCGUCUCCAACGCCGCCGGUGAUGCCCAAGCAACAACAUCCAACACCGGCCAGCCACUCAGCCUGAAGAGACGCGUGAGCCCCCAGCUCCACUGUGCUUCAUGGCCGCAUACACAGCGGCCCAUCACCAACUUGAAGACCCUCACUCUGCUUUGUCGGUGUGCCACGGUGCUUGUUUCGGCCCUCGUGCCCAGAGCAGGUAUGAAUGGAACGAGUAGGCAAGCAAGAGGGAAAGGAAGGUACCUCGAGGCCCGCUCUACCAUAUUGGAGGAACAUGCGUCCAUGAGAUACGUCUUCGCCUCUACUCGCUUGUGAGGUGUACCAGAGGAAGUGGUCUGGAGUAGACGAGGCCAUUGUGAGUGUGUUUGCUACCGUCCCCCGCCAGUGCUUCAUCAAACGCGUUUCGCGUCCUGAAGCGCGCCAGACGACCGGAUCAAGACCAGCGAGGUGCUCCAGGAGUCGCGACGUCACGGAGAUGCAUCGGCGACGUGAAUCAUGCGCGACUCCACCGAUGGACCCCGGGGGACCACAAUCUGGUGAAUCUGCAAAGGCGAGAUGCUGCACUCCCACAUCCUCGCAUUGUAUCUGUGUGGUGUAGCGGACGGAGGGGUGCUUGCUCUCUUUCCUCUUCCAACCUAC